AGCACGCAUGGCCGGCGGCGGGGACCGAGAGGCCGCCCUGCCGCUCGCCGCGGGCCGGGUCGCGGCCCUCGAGAUCGAGCCCCCGCCAGCGCCGGCGCCCGGGGGGCCCCCGCGUCGCGCGCCGCGGGCGGCCCUCGCGGUGAUGGCGGCGCUGCUGGCCCUGGGCGCCGCGAGCGUAGCGGUGGGCCACGGCUGCGCGUCCUCACAGCCUUGGCGCCGUCAUCACCGGGAGUCCUGGCGCGUCGCGCUCCUCGGCCCCGCGGCGGCGCUGCCCUACGCCGCGCUGGCGGCCUGGGGCGCCUGGGCGCGCCUCGGCCUCUGGGCGGGCGCGCCGCUGCACCGGUGGACGGCGGCCUACGCGGCGGGCGCGGCCGCGGCCGCGGCGCUGCUCGCCUCGCGCCCGUGGGUUUCCCAGUGUACGGCUUCCCAUGCCGAUGCCGUCCACUGCGCGUCCUGCCUCGCGGUCCUGUUCGCGCUGAAGACCGUGACCCAGGCCCUCGUCGCGCUGAAGCUCGAGGAGCUCCAGCAGGCGCGCCUGGCGCGGGCCGUCCGCGCCCUCGCAGCCUUGGCCCUACUGGCCGGGGCGCUGGCGGUGGCGGCGAUGGUCUGUCAGACAGCGUGGGAUCCGUCGGGAGCCGGUGGGUUUUGGUGGAGGUGGUAUGACCGCGGGCUCGGGUGCUGUGCGGCCUGCCACGCCCUGGCCUGCCUCUGCGGCGUCGGGGGUCUCCUGGGCGCCGCGGCGCGGGCCCUCCUCGGCGGCAGGGGCGGCUCGCAGCGGCGCGCGGGCUGCUUCGUGCUGCUGACGGCCGGCAGCCUGGCGACCUCGUUCGCGACCUUUUUCGCCUUGCUGAAUUAUGUUGAUAGCGUAGCAUCAAUCUACAAGACCACAGCAGUCGACGGGCUGUUCGAUUGCUGCACCGUGGCGCUCUUCUCCGGCCUCGUCGGGCCGGCGUUCGUGCGGGUGCUCGCGAGGGAGGCGUUCUCCGCGAUCAACUCGUACACGGAGUCCCAGCUCCAGGAGUUCUACGAGAAGUAUUUGGAGUACUUGGACAGGGCGCAUAUCAGAUGGGUGCGUUGCGGCUACCUGAGGCACCUGGCCGCGGCCGGCGUUGUCAUGCCCCGGUGCCAGGAGGUGCCGGGCGACCAGGUCUUCGUCGGCAGCAGGGGCUUUCCGCUGGUGCACGCAGCACCGAAGGAGAGGCUCGUCGUCUCGCACCCGUGGCUCGCAAAGGAGCACCCGGACCCGACCGGGGAGAAGCUGCGGCUGCUGGUCCGUCAGCUGGACAUGCUCCAUGCUUCCGACGACCACGCAGUGUUUGUGGACUACAUGAGCCUGCCGCAGAACGACAAGAUGGACCCGGAGAUGCGGCAGCUCGAGCAGGAGCAGCGGGAGAUGCCCAAGCCUGGCGAACAUCCGGCCGUGCGCACGAAGGUGGAAGAGGCUCAGUUCAAGGUGGCGUUGUCCGCCAUGGAGCAAAUCUACAGCAUUGGCAACACACCGGUGCUCGUACUUCCCAUGGACAGCGUUGUCGAGACCGGGAGGGAAUACAUUUCCAGGGGGUGGUGCCUGUUGGAAUUCUGCCUUGCGAUGAGCUUCGACAACAUAGCCAACGCGGAUAUCCACAAACCUGUCGGGCGUCUCCUGAAGCAGAUGAAGGACCUGAAGUGCGACACGGUCGAUGGUUUCCGCGAGGCCUUCAAGACAGCCCUUUUCACAAAUAAAGGCGACGCCGACGUCGUUCUGAAGCUCUUCGAAAACACGCUGAGCUUGGGAUCUAGCCAAUGAGACCUGCGCGAUCUUUCGCCCGACGCCACUGCCCGCCAACUUCUCCUUCUUUGCACUCUACCAAUGUUGCUGGCCCAGCAGGAGGAGGAGGAG